GGCUAGUCUUAUUCUUUCUCUCUGUGUGUGUCCACUGUCCAGUAGUAGUAAUAGAAGAAGAGGACUACUCAUCAGAUCAAGAAAGAAGAAGAAGAGGAAAGGAAGGGGGUGCUUCCGCCUGCGCCUGCCGGGGAGGGGAACAACAAUGGCGCUCUCCUCCGCCGCCCCCUCUGACUGACUUGGACGUGACUAGCGCCGGUGUUCACGAGCGAGCGACGUGCGGCGUGGCCUGGGGUUUGGCUUGUGCCAGGCGCCUUCCCCAACCCAGCUUCUUCGCCGGGCCCUGCCAGGCGGCGCGACGCGACGAGGCAGUCAGGCAGUCAGUCAGUCAGCAGCUACGCCUGCCACUCUACUCUAAGGGGCAGCAGCAUCAUCAUCCUCCUCCCCUCGGAGAGAGAGAGCGAGAGAGAUCACAAGACGCACCACCGGCCAAGCGCAACGGGCCGAAUCGAGCCAGCAGGAGGCGGUAGGUUUGGCUUGGCUUGGCUUGGCUUGGCAUGGAGAAGAUGAUGUUGCAUCAGCAGGAGCAGGAGGGUCGCACGUGCCCGCCGUGGCUCCAGGCGGCCAUCGCAGACAUCGAGCAGCGCGUGCGCGCGCUGGCGGCCGGCGUGCCGGACGACGACGCGGCGGCGGCGGCCGCGGACCACUCCUUCGCCGAGCGCGCCGAGAACUACUACCACCGCCGCCCGCAGCUGCUCGCGCUCCUCACCGACCUCCACCACCGCUACCUCUACCUCGCCGACCGCUACGCUCAGUCCCUCCUCGCCAACGCCAACGCCAAGUCGUCUGCCCACUUCCACUCCCACCACCUCAACCUCAACCUCAACCUCAGCUCCGACUGCUCCUCCGACGUUGAUGACCGCUCCUCGGACGCCGGCAGCUCCCUCUCCUUCCAGCCCCACGCAGGAAUCACCGAUGAUCAUUUCGCAACUCCGGUUGCUGCUCCGGCCGUUGACGGCGACCUGGUGGUGGCGGAGCUGGUGAUGGCGUGGGUGGACCGGGACCUGCUGGCGGACGAGGCGGACCGCCGGAGGGCCGAGUCGGCGCGCAAGAUCGACCUGCAGGGGAGCCUGCUGGAGGUGCUCGAGUCGGAGCGCCUGGUCCUGCUGGGCGAGAACGCGCGCCUGGCCUUCCGCGCCUCCGCCGCCGAGGAGGAGGCCGCGGCCGCCGCAGCCGAGCUCGGCUACACGCGCCGCCGCGCGGCCGACCUGGCCCGGCUGGCCGUGAAGCUGCGGGACGACCACCGGGCGUGCAUCCUCGGGCGGAAGGUGGAGGCGCUGCAGGCGCAGGUGUACGGGCUGGAGCUCCGCAACCGGGAGUGCUUCGAGGCCAUGGCCGCCUGGGAGGCCGAGCGCAAGGCCGGCGUCGCCGAGAUCGAACGCCUACGCGCCGAGAACCGCCGCCUCGCCGCCGAGGCCGCGGCCGCGCAGGCGUCGGCGAGGAGGAAGCGUGGGGGCGGCAAGGGUGGCGGGAGCGGGUGGUGGUGGCUGGCGAGGGUGCGGCUGGCGGCGGAGUGGACGCCGUGCGCGCCGUCGUCGGUGACGGUGAGGAAGGUCGGCGAGCAGAUGAAGGGCGGCAAGUACAACGGCGGCUGCUUCUGCCUGUAGGCACCGGCGGCGACGGCGAGGGUCUGUGCUUUUGGUGCUUCUUUUUGGUUUGCCCCCUUGGAUUAUGGCGGUAUUACUGUGGGGAGGAUCGGCGAGAGAUGGUUUAGGCUGGGGUUAUUAUGAGGCAAUGCAGGGUGUAAUAUGAUAAUUAAGCAGCUGUUCUUGGACUGGUUUACUCCACCACUGUCACUGGCACUCAUGGAGCUGUGAUGCUUCUGUCGUGGAGGUGGAGAUGGGCAAAGUAUAUAUGCUAGUACUAUUAUUAUGA